AUGAUCGAACGCUGGCAUCGAAGUCUCAAGAAUUCACUGAAAACAAGAUUCAUCAACAGUAAUAUAUCGUGGAUCGACGAGCUACCUACAGUUUUACUCGGACUACGCGCCGCCAUACGAGAGGACACCGGAGUCAGCGCCGCCGAAUUAACCUACGGCCGUAACCUACGUUUACCGGCCGACUUCUUCGAAACAACAUCAUCAUCGAGCCCAGAUCAUACCUACAUCGAGCAACUACGAAAAAACAUCAACUCUCUCAAGCCGAAAAACAAUGUACAGCGCCACGGUAACCAACGCAACAUCUUCAUACAUCGUGAUCUACUUACGUGCGAAUACGUAUUUUUACGUAACGACGCCGUAAGGAAACCACUUCAAACACCGUACGACGGGCCGUACAAAGUUCUCCGACGAGAAGAAAAAUACUUCGUAAUACAACUACCCGAUCGCACAGCAACAGUAUCCAUCGAUCGUUUGAAGCCCGCCUACAUACUGAGAGAUGAUUACCUCGGCGAGUCAACGAGCAAUGUACAACAGUCACCGGUAAUUCUCAACUUACCUAAUACCAAUUUACCUGUUACCUUACCUUCACAUACCAAUAAUUUACCUCAAAAUACCUCAUUACCUUUUACCGUUACCUCAUUACCUUUACCUGUUACCUCACAACCAUUACCAAGUGCAACACCGAUCAAGCAGAAGACACCAGCAAGUCCAGUACAGAAGACAACAAGAACGGGCCGUGCCGUCAGACUGCCGGUACGCUUCGCUUGA